GCAAUAGACGCCCAGUGGUACAGCCAAUAUUGGUGUGAGGCCGACCACUUCGACUCUACUCCGUCCAAUUCGCAACCGCGACCGUCUCAGACGACCCCGACGGGCUCGCCCAGCUGCUUCUCUGUUCUCACUCUCGCUGGUCGAACUCUAGACAGUCAUGGAUCCACAGGCGAGCUCGCCUGACAUCGAGUCUACCCCGCCUCCCGCAGUCAGCAGCCUGCGUUCGCGCUUCGAGCAGCUCGCUGCAGGCAGCAGCGCUGGGCCAGCCCCGAAGCGACCUAUCAGCACUCAUGGUCUGCUUACUCCUGAACCGCUGAGCCCGCGUCCGCGCGCAGCGUCAGGAUCGAACGAGCUCAGACCGGACGCUCGCUCGCUUCGUCCAACCUCGUCUUCCUCAGAUCUCAAGACGGGCACGAAGAGACCUCCCCCGCCACCUCCAGGUCGCUCAUCUAGGGCACCCUCGCCUGCUCCGGCAGUGUCUAGUCCGCUUCUGCGCGCGACACUGGCAGCGGACCCGCCGUCAUCGCCCCUGGUGCACGAAACUACCCUCCCGACCUCUCGCCCGGUCUCCCCGAACAAGUCUGCUCCCUUGUCGCGCAAACCACCGCCUCCACCGCCUCCUCAUUUCCGCGAGCCUCACUCGGAAGUGACCUCCGCGGAGCGGUUGUCUGUGUCUUCGUUAGUAACAAAGUUUGGGUGAGUCUCCAUUCUAUUGACCGUAUGGGGUAUGUCCUUGCGAGCGGUGUGGUAUUGUGGCGAGUUCAUCUCUGGGAAGGUGAUGUGUGGAAGGGGGAGUGUUCUAGGAUGUCACGCUGCUAUGUGGCUACUUACAUGGACGCUGCGCAUGAACCCUCUCAUGAGGCAUUCCAGUGGUGGCGUGAGCGGUAUGAUCUGCGGCAUGCGCGCCUUGGUGCAUGUGUUCUCAAGGAUCAUGCCG